AAAAUAUUUGUCUGCGAAUAUUGAAGUCAGCCCUGACUUCCCGCCGCUGAACUGACUUCAAAUCAGUUUACAUUGGUUAUUUUUCGGGUCAGCGCUGACUUGUCUCGAAAUCGAAGUCAGUUACUGACCCUGUGUGAACCCCGCUUAAUGUGUAAUUGUGUGUGCAGAUGCGGUCACGUCGCCGGUGCGGGCUCGCGCGCACGCUAUGACUCUGAUUGCGUCGCUGAUCGUCGACAAGACCGCCAGCGAUACGCUCUGCUGGGAGAUGAAAAAGAAUAAUUCAGUGUCAUUAUUUGAGCUGCUAUUGCAAUGCUUGGAGAGUAGUGACGAAGAACUGAAGACGGCAGCGCUACUUUUGCUCACACAAUUGUCUCAAUCAAUAUCACACAAAGAGCGGUCAAAACGGGAUUCGUACGUUGAAUUUAUCGACAAUUUAAAACUACCGCUGAACGAGACGCCUAACAAUAAGUUAUCUGCGGGUGACAGGACACACAAUGAUUGCCAGCCCGAAUAUAUUGUGGAAGACCUGUGUCGAAUACUUAUUGAACUGUACAAGGAAUUGUCGAGCAGCAAGAAGUAUUUGGAAAGCGAAGAAGAGGCGUGGUGUUCAGUGUCCGCGUGUAUAUCUUCAUUGCUGGCACUCAGUCCCCGCUGCCGCCUGUACGCAGUACACCGACACUUCCCGCAGAUCCUGCUCAAUACGCUACAAGCAGUGCGGGAUAAACUGUCUCUGCACGGCAAACCGGCCGACGUCAUACGAAAUGCCAAUCAUGAGCCCAUUCUACGGAACCUCUAUUGGAUACUGACUAUUAUAAAUACCACAAUGUUGGAUUGCUUACCCGCUAAGGAGAGCUUCGCCGAUGAAAACAUCGCAGUAUCUCUCAACAAGUUGUGGCCUUGGUGUAUGAUGACCGAACAAUUGAGGGAAGCACUUGUUAAGCUGUUACUUACGUUCACUAAUGAGUGUCCUAAAGCGUGGAGUUGUAUGUGCGUGUGUGUAAGCGGGCGCAGUAUGGCGCUCGAGGUGUGUGCGAUCGUGACGCGCGACGCGUCUCGCCUGACGACUGGUCCGCUGUUGCCGCUUGCGCUGCGUCUGCUCACCAACUGUGCUUCCCAUCAACACUGCCGGGCCAUCAUCCUGAAGAGCGAGGUGGUAAUGUGUGUGAGUCGGCUGCGUGCCCGCAGCAACCCCGCCACACUGGCGUACUCGGCGUGGAUGCGGCUGGCUGAGCGGCUGGCCAGACACGCCGACGGCGCCGCCGCCCUGCUCGCGGCCGUGUCGUCGCCGGGUCUGCGCCCCGUGCCGCGGCGCCUGCUGCCCGCCAUAGCGCACGCCGCGCACUACCACCGCUCUACCUUCCUUCAAUCACCGGAUAUUCUGGAGCUGUUGUGUGGUUCUCUCCUGACAGGAGAGACGGGAGAAGUGGUGUGUGCCGCGCGCGCUGUGUGGGCUCUGGCUGCCAACAACCACCGGGCCAAACUGGUCCUCCGGAGCGCUGGAGUGACAGCAGCAGUUCACUCCACGUUACAUCGGCUGCAGAAGUCCAAGGAUCCGAGCGUCCACAAAGCGUUGGAACUGCUGACAUAUACACACAACAUACUGCAGACUACCUGACUCAUGUUUGGGUUUCUAGUAGUUACAGUGGCCUUUCUACCUCAAAUUACCUUAAACCGUCAAAUACAUUUUAAGUUAUUGUCUUUAGUUUAGUAUGCUCGCGACUUGUAUGACACUUUGUUUUAGUGUACGUGAAUUGCUCAAAAUGAAGGUCAGUUCUAAAGCCAAUUUUUUCAACGUUUUUACAGCUUUUAUAGGCUAUCUAGAAGUAUAAAUGAUAUAAGGUUUUAGUAUAUGAUGUGUUGGUGAUUACUUAUUCGGAACCUACAUUAUUUGACAUAAAAAUACCUAUAUAUUAGCAAUACAAAUAAUUCAGCCAAUAACAUUUAAUUACAUACUAUGACAAUUCAUACAAUGAGCGGGCGCGGUGUACAUUAUUUAUAUGGAGAAACAACAUCUGAUUGACUCACACAAUGUCCAAUGUCAGUAUUUCAAAAUGUUGUGAGCCUUUUUGACUGUAAGUUCCGCUAAGAUUCGUUUUCAAUCAAUUCGUUCGUGUAUCGCCUCUACACGAGGCAUCCUCAGGAAGUCAGGAGUCUCGUGUCGAACUGAUUAAAGACGAAUCUUACCGGAAUUUACACUCAAGAAGGCACACAUCAAUAGAAUAAUUAUAAAUUUAAGCAAAAUAACGCCUAAUUCAUAAAAUUAUCAAAUGUCAGUAGUUUAGCAACCUAAUUAUAUGACGAUUUUACCAGUACGCUUUGACGGUGAUGCCUUAGUUCCUGAAAUCAGCUAUUUAUUUGCCCGAUAAGUAUUAACACUGGUGUGCAAAAUAACGGCAAUGCGAGUCUCAUAAAAAAAAUCAUCGCCAUUCGAUGACGUACAAUAAACAACUAGACUCCCAAUCUCCUAGUAAACGGUCGUAAAAAAAUGUCCGAGCGGCGUUGUAUGUACGUGUACAUUAACUUAUAAAGAUAACUAUAAAACAUUCAUUCAAAUUAACACCUUACUUCGUGGCAGUUAUGUUCAAAGUCAGUUGUAUACGCUCAUUAGAAACUCUGACGCGAAUACGAGGCAAGAACAUUUUAUUUUAGCAAUUAAAAUAAAUUACUCAGCAAAAUUAUUUAAAACGUGAAGUUUUUCCCACAAUUUUGUUAUUUUAAAGGGGCACUUACCUGAAACACGACACUCCAUCCUUUAUAAGUUUAUAGUAUAUGCUGUUAGUUAGACAGUUUUUCACUGAACUCACUGUCAUUGCGUAGCGCUGUAUUCAAAGCGCGGUCGAAACAAAGGUGAACGAAAACUGCCUAAUAGACGCGCAGUGUUUUGCUUCAGACAAUUUUUGAGUGUGAUUAUGAGUCUAGUUGUUUAUUGUACGUCAUUAUCGCCAUUUUAUAUUUAAUUUAUUUAUAAAAAGGACAUCCGAUUAAAUGUAUUAUUUUGAUUGGUAUGGUUGCAUGCUAUGAAAGAGUUUCCGCAGUUAGAUGUAAUGAAUUUUUACGCGUUGUUCCACGACCGCCGUUCCACGCAAUACUUAAUCACUACUUACUCGUAGGUGGUCUGUAAGUCAACUGUUGUGUGUAUGUGUAGUAUACCAUCUUAUUUAGAUUUUUAUGCGACAAUGUUUUUUUUAUUUUAGUCAUUGAAUGUAUGAAUUUAAACACGAAUUUAAUGUACUUAUUGUGAUAUGCUAUUUUGAUAAUAAUAAUAUAAUUAAAUGUG